GUUCUUUGAACAUAUACUGCUUUUCAAUUUAAGCGUGACAAGACGAUAAGUGCAAGCAAGAAUAAUAAUUAUGGUCUGACCAAUCAAAGGUUACUAGACUUAUUUCUCUGCAUUAUUAGACAAGUUAUUACACUGGCAUUGCCACAAAAUUCAAUCCUGCAUGUUAUAUACUGUAUGAGAGCGAGAGAUGGAAAAUUAUUAUUGGGCUGAAGCAGCAGCAACAGAGGCCUGGCAUUUUUCUCAAUCUCGAGCUGCCGCAGUGAACGAAGACUUGGGAAGUACUUGUUCCUUGCAAUUACCUGAUGAUUCUAAUGUCUACAUGCAUGGUUAUUCUCAUUCUCAGUUGCCGAAAUCAUUUCAAGGAGGGGAAGAAGACAGAUCUGCUGCAUCUGCUUCCAAGAGCCAUAGCCAAGCCGAGAAGCGACGCAGGGACAGAAUCAAUGCACAACUGGCUACUCUUCGCAAGCUGAUUCCCAAAUCCGAUAAGUUACAGAUGGACAAGGCAGCUCUUCUUGGAAGUGCAGUUGAACAUUUGAAGGAAUUGAAGAGAAAAACUAUGGAGGUUAGCCAACACAUUGCAAUUCCAUCAGGUAUUGAUGAAGUAUCCGUCACAGAUUGUCGUCCUGAUCAAGAAGCCAGCUCCAGUACUAAUGCUAUGUUCAUGAGGGCCUCAAUUUGUUGUGAGAACAGGCCAGAACUCUUUGGGGAGAUAAGCCAGGCGAUUGAAAGCCUAAGAUUGAAAAUGAUUCAAGCGGAUAUGUCUUGUUUGGGAGGCCGAAUAAGAAGCUGUUUCGUGGUCUGUACAAAGGACAGCAAGAGCUUGAACGGGGCUGGUGACGCGAACAUGAUCAAACAAUCCCUGAAAGUGGUGUUGAGUAGAGUGGUUACCUCGUCGACUUGUUCCAACUAUCGUGCAAAGAGCAAGAGGCAGAGGUUCUUUUUCCCUUCUUAUAUUUCGCAAUAGUAAAUAGCUAGUGUCCUUGGUUGGUUUUUUCAGUACUGGCACUGUAUGUUACUUGUUGAAUAGAUUGUCCUCUUCUCUGAAUUUAGGAGAAAUUGGUAAUAGAAUGAGAAUCUGGUCCUUAUAAAUAAAGAGAUAGGCUGGAAUCAGAAUUUUUCUUGCUAUGAUUUCCCUGUAAUAAAAUAGGAAUUUUCCAUA